AUGAUGAUGUUUGCAGUUGAUGAUGUUCUGAUUUGGUUCCGUUUCAGGGAAGAUUCAUUUGAUUCUCGCGACUGGGCUUCUCGUGAAGUGCCUUCCCGUUACGCGAAGGCCUUCCCAUUUUGUGAAGGGCCUUCCCUUUUCGCAUAUUUAAUGAAUAAUUGCAUGCUGAAGUAUUUUGGACGAUAUUUAGACAUCAUGGUAUCAGAUGAACAUUUCAUUGUCAAAAUACCUGACAAUCUUCCUCUUGAUGCGGCUGUUCCUCCUCUCUACGCUAGAAUUACAACUUAUAGUCCUUUAAGGUACUUUGGUUUAGAUAAUCUAGGAACCAAUUUAGGUGUGGUGGGUCUUGGUGGGUUAGGUCAUUGUGCGGUUAAGUUUGCCAAGGCUUUUGGUGCUAAUGUGACUAUUAUUAGUACUUCGAUUAGCAAGAAGAAUGAGGCGAUUGAGAGGCUCGGUGAUGAUUCGUUCUUGAUUAGUAGUGAUCCUGAUCAGAUGAAGAGUCAUGGAAAGAUUGUCAUUGAUUUAAGGAUGAUGGGGAAUUAG